AAGAGGCUGGGCAGCCCCAUCCCCCUCAUCCUCCUCCUGAGCCAAUGAAGUGAUCACUGAAGAGACCACUAGUGAUGAUGACGGGUGGGCGAAGGCCAAGAGGGAGCUGGAGGUGGAACCCGACCAGGGGAGGUUGGAGCUGGGCGGCGCUUCGCUUCCCGCAGAGCUUGGAGUUCUCCCUCCCUUCCCGGAGUCGUGUGGAGCUGCAGCAGCGGCGCCCUCUGCCUGCUGGUAGCCGGCGGAAGUGCAAGACCGGAAGUUGCGUGAUCCGCCGGCGCCGGCACGGUGCAUAGACAGAGGCCUCGCAGAGUUCGGAGGUGCUACCAUGACUUCCACUGGGGUUGGCGUGAACCCUGCGGGCUCGUCAAAUGAAGCUCCCGAAAUUCCAGACAACGUGGGAGAUUGGCUUCGGGGCGUCUACCGCUUUGCUACCGAUAGGAAUGACUUCCGGAGGAACUUGAUCCUCAAUUUGGGGCUCUUUGCUGCAGGCGUUUGGCUGGCCAGGAAUUUGAGUGACAUUGACCUGAUGGCACCUCAGCCAGGGGUUUAGCCAUAAAGACACAUGGAACCCCUGUGCUGUCCUCCAACCUUCCAAAAACAGAGCAUCCCAUCUGUGACCAUCACAAGACUUGCCCUGAUGGCAGCUGACGUUUGAUUCAGAUGGGCACCCUUCCUUCCCUGCUUGAUUUCCUUUUCUUUGCUGAGUCCACUCAGAACACCCUCCUCUGGUCAGCAGGCAGGCCUCAGCUAAAGUGUUCUCCUCUGUUCUGUAAAGUUCUGUACAUAGUUCCUAAGUUUCUGCAGGGGCUUAUCUUUGCUCUUGUCCUGAGGAAUAAUCUAAUGGUAUUUUAACAAAUAUUUGAAAUAAAGACUGUACACAAAGACA